AUGGCGCAAAGAUAUGAGGAUUUGGGGCAGUACGGUGGGGUGGAUGGAGUGGGAUUGUAUGCGGACCCCCAUGCCCCCCGAACUCUGGGUCACCUGCACCACGCGCCCCCGCAGGGGCAUUACGGCACACACACUCCACACGGCAUUAUGGGUACAGGAAUGGGCACGGGCAUCAACGACACACUGAAGAGGGACAAAGACCACAUCUAUGGUCACCCUCUGUUCCCUCUGCUGGCGCUGGUGUUUGAGAAGUGUGAGUUGGCCACCUGCACACCCAGAGAUCCUGGAGCAGGAGCUGGAGGAGAUGUGUGUUCCUCAAACUCCUUCAAUGAGGACAUCGCUGUCUUCGCCAAACAGAUCCGGGCAGAGAAGCCUUUAUUCACCUCCAACCCAGAGCUGGACAACCUGAUGAUCCAGGCCAUCCAGGUGCUGCGGUUCCACCUGCUGGAGCUGGAGAAGGUGCACGAGCUGUGUGAUAAUUUCUGCCACCGCUACAUCAGCUGUCUGAAGGGCAAGAUGCCCAUAGAUCUGGUCAUCGAUGACAGAGACGGCUGUAAGUCAGACUUCGAGGAGCUGUCAGGGUCAACAAACCUGACAGAGAAUCCAGCAUCUUGGAGGGAUUUGGAUGAUGCCCACUCCACUCCUUCAGUUGGGACCCCAGGACCAUCCAGCGGGGGCCACGCUUCACAAAGUGGAGACAAUAGCAGUGAACUCGGAGACAGCCUAGAAAACAACUUAGCGUCUCCAGGAACAGAUGAAGAUGACCCAGAUAAGAAACGGCAGAAGAAGCGAGGGAUUUUUCCCAAAGUGGCAACCAACAUCAUGCGGGCCUGGCUCUUCCAGCACCUCACGCACCCCUAUCCCUCUGAAGAACAGAAGAAGCAGUUAGCUCAGGACACAGGCCUCACCAUCUUACAAGUGAAUAACUGGUUUAUUAACGCCAGAAGGAGAAUAGUGCAGCCCAUGAUUGACCAGUCCAACCGAGCAGGGCUCUUAUUUUGCCAUCUAGUGAGCCAGGGAACUCCGUACAGUCCAGAUGGGCAGCCAAUGGGGGGCUUUGUUCUGGACGGUCAACAGCACAUGGGCCUCCGACCUCCCGGUCCGAUGGGUGGCAUGGGCAUGAACAUGGGCAUGGACGGGCAGUGGCAUUACAUGUAA